CGCAGAAAACCAUGCGGUACUAAGCAGCCUCAGAGGAACCGAUGAAGCAACGUUAUCCCGGUAAACACAAUGGAUUCACUGGACCAUCAAUCUCCCUAAAAACUGGACUUUAUGUGAACAAACUUGACCCAAACACCGCGGCUCUGAUGCUUUGUCUGUGCUGCUGAGGGCUCCGGGCUGAAGAGUUUUACCUGGUGGAGAAUCGUUGACUCGUUUGAAGUUUGUUUCGGGUCUGAGGAUCAUGGCGUCUCCGUUUGUGCCCGUCCCUCUGCCCCUGGACCGCUCCAGGACGGGGAGCAAACUCAGGAGGCCUCAGAGAGCUUCGUCUUUAGGCAGCGUAUCCAGCAGCUCGGACUCUUCUGGCCCCAGGUUGAACGGAGACGGUCGAGAGUGUGGUGGAGGUGGAUUUGGUUCUCGGAGGUCCUCCCGCUCGUCUCGCAGCAGGACACCCCCUCCUGCCCAGAGCCCAGUACUGCGCGCCAGAGUGAACGGCGCCCUGGAGCCGUCUGUAGAGUUCUCCACCUGUCCACGCUCCAUCUCCAACCCGGAGAGGAGCCCCCAAAGGCAGCCAGAGGAGCGCCCCAUCACCCCCACCGUCCUGGGCUAUGAAGUCAUGGAGGAGAGGGCCAAAUUCACGGUGUAUAAGAUCCUGGUGAAAAAGUCAUCAGAGGAGAGCUGGGUGGUGUUUCGGCGAUACACAGACUUCUCCAGACUGAACGACAAGUUAAAGGAGCUGUUCCCUGGUUUCCGGCUGGCUCUGCCUCCAAAGCGCUGGUUCAAAGACAACUACGACAGCGAGUUUCUGGAGGAAAGACAGUUGGGUCUUCAGGCCUUUCUACAAAACCUGGUCGCUCACAAAGACAUUGCACACUGUCAGGCAGUGAGGGAGUUUCUGUGUUUGGACGAUCCACCAGGACCCUUCGACAGUCUCGAGGAGAGCAGGGCUUUCUGUGAGACUUUGGAGGAGAGCAACUAUCGUCUUCAGAAGGAGCUGCUGGAGAAACAAAGGGAAAUCUCAUUAUUAAAGAAGCAGCUGGAGGAGAAGGAGCAGGCCAUCCUUCUGCUGGAGAGACACAUCAGUGGAGACACAGUGACGCAGGAUUCGCCCUGUGUCUCUGUUCAGGGCAGUGAGAGCAGCGCAGACGUGGAGUCUUCUGCUGCCGAGGCCGACCAAGAUAUCACAGAUCACAACAGAUCCACAGCUGCAGUGAUCCGUUCUUCGUGUUGGUGCGCUCCUGCUCUCAGCACGUCUCCUCCCGUCAUCGAAGUGACGCAGCUCGACCAUCACCCGCAGAACAACUCGACCUGAAACCUUCAAAUGCUAAAUAUUUUCAAAGUUUAUCCCAACUCAUAUUUUAUUUUCCACUUAAAACUGAGCGACAAGGAACAGGAAUAUUAACUGUACCUUAAUUAACCUUAAUAAAGCAUGAAGAAACACUUAAUUCAUAGUGAACAAAUAGUUUAUUAGGAAUGAUUCAUGCUUUAUUAAGGCUAAUUACAGUCUAGUUAUUAUGAAGUGUUACCAAACUUCUAUGCGUUUGGGAUCAGCCUCGAAAUGGUAACUUUAAAGCCAUACUGCGGAACAUUUCACCCAAUAAAUAGAUAAUAAAACUUG